UCCCUCCCUGACCCUGAGAAACCCUAGUGGAGCUUCAGGAUCGACCUCUCGCGCCGCCGCCAUGACUUUCAAGCGCCGCAACGGCGGCCGCAACAAGCACGGCCGCGGCCAUGUCAAGUACAUCCGUUGCUCCAACUGCGCCAAGUGCUGCCCCAAGGACAAGGCGAUCAAGAGGUUUCAGGUGAGGAACAUCGUGGAGCAGGCGGCCAUCAGGGACGUUCAGGAAGCGUGCGUCCAUGACGGAUACGUCCUUCCCAAGCUGUACGCUAAGGUCCACCACUGCGUCUCGUGCGCGAUCCACGCUCACAUCGUCCGCGUCCGAUCCCGGGAGAAGCGCAGGGACCGCAAGCCACCGGAACGCUUCAGGCGCAGGGAGGAUAGGCCUGCUGGUGGGCAAGGAGGCCCCCGCCCUGGUGGACCUGGCCCUGCCGGUGCUGCUGCGGCUCCUGCACCAAAUGCUCCUCGCCCAUAGGUUUAGCUUAUCGACCUCAUAAGUCUGGCCUGCUGGUAGCCAUGGAUGUCUUAAUUCAGUAUCAGUGUGAUCAAUCAGGGGAGUGUGGAUUUGCUAUAUUAGUAGAACUUUUGUCUGAAGUCUGGAAUGUUUGCUAAGAUAAUAUCUUGUCGUUUGAAUAUUUAUGCUCAGCUAUAAUUUCACUUGAACUUCAGUGGGUUCUAUGAUA